GAAUGGUAGAGCCUUACAGGACCACACUAGAGAGCUCAAACAAAUAAGAAUCUGCAUUCUUUGUAUCCAAAAAAACAAAGAGAGAGAGAGUGAAGGAGAAAAAAAUAAAUAAAAAAAUGGGAUCUGAAAUCCCUUGUUGUAAGCUUCCUUUGAUUGAUUUUUCGAAACCAGGACUUAAUCCUGGCACACCUGAAUGGGACUCGGCUAGAGACCAGGUCAAGCAAGCACUGGCGCAAUAUGGUUGUUUCGAGGCAUUUUUCGACAAAGUUCCUCCGGAAACUCGAAAAGCCAUACUUGAUGCAACGGAGGAGCUUUACGACCUCCCUUCGGAGAUCAAACGCAAAAACAUUUAUGAGACACCUUUUCCUGGUUACUUCGGGAACCAUAUUUUAACUCCACUCUUUGAGAGCAUGGCCAUUUUGGAUGCUGUUAAGCUUUCCGACAUUGAAAGCUUUAUCAACGUCUACUACCCUGAAGGAAACUCCAGCUUAUGGCUUUGCUCUCUUUACUAUGCCUCUCUUGCUUUUUGCUUUUUGUCUUUUAUUUUUCCUAGCGCUUCAAAAAUGUUGCCUUUACUGUCUUUAGUUAGAAACACUAGCUUUUUAACUCUCUCUUAAACAUUGUUGGGAAAAUUCCAUUCACACAUAUUCAAUGUUGCUAUUGUUUUUCAUUUAAAUCUUAUAUUUUGAAAAAUCUAUCAUUUAUCUCCUUUUAAUUUUUUAAAAUUAUU